UCCGGAAUCUCCGGAUCGUCCGGUCCAUGGACACAGUCCGCAACGCAAUCUGCAAUUCUGCACCGAUUUAGGGAUCUCUCUCUCUCUCUCUCUCUCUCGUCUAGGUUUCUUCGCAUGAUAUGUCUCUGGCUGGUCUCUUAUCCGUGACAAAUGGUGAUAUGGGUACUUCUCUCUGUGAAAGGAAUGGACUCUGGGCACAUACGUGUUCCCAAAGGCUAUCUUUCUCAACUGGGUUGCCGAGACCCACUUUUGGUUUCACUUUGGGCAGUAAGAAAGUGAAGCUGAGGAGUUAUUUUUUUAGUUUGAGGACGCAUAGUGGCAGGCCAUUCGACGUUUUGUUGAAAGUACAGUCUGCCAAUCGGUCGAUUGACAGUGGGCUGCUCGAGAAAGAGUCGGAAUUCAAGCCGUCUUUCGAGGAGUACUUGAAGGCCAUGGAAUCUGUUAAAACUGAAAGAGGCGAGAAGCAAAUGGGUAGUUCAAUAAGAAACCCAAAGAAUGCUGAUGGUAGUAGGUUAGGAGAUUUUAAGGCUAUUACCCGUAAUGGAAUCACUGGCCAAGAAGAACAUUUUGGGGGCCAAAUUGAUGCCAAGGAGAGAGGAAGCAGAGAAGUGACGAAUGCCAAGAAAUUGAAGUUUGAAGGAGACAGAUUGGAGGUGCCAGAAAACAAAAUUGAUGCGAGAAAGAAUGGGAAGUUGGAUAGGGAUGCUAGAAAUGGGAGAUGGGAAAGAAACAAGAUUAAUGGUGUGAGAAACGGCCAGAGGAAUGGUGAAAUGGAAAGAAUCAGAUUUAAGACUGAUAAUGGUACUCUUAAGGGAAUCAGAAUGAGACAAGGACUGCGAAGAAAUUGCAGUGUUCCUGAUGAAACAAUGGCAGGACGAGAUGUGCAAUUUAGAAGGAGAAAUUGGCUUAUAGCCGAAAGUAUUAAUAAUGGAGAAGUGGAGGUGGAAAGAGCAGCCUUCAAGUCGCUAGAAGAAUUAAAUGAUGUCGCUGACAAGCCACGGGUCACCCGGAAGGAAAUGGACGAGAGGAUCGAAAAGUUAGCGAGGUGUUUGAAUGGCAUGGACAUUAAUAUGCCUGAGUGGAUGUUUUCUAAAAUGAUGCGAAGUGCAAGAAUCAAAUUCUCAGAUUAUGCAAUGUUAAGGAUUAUCCAGAUAUUGGGUAAACUAGGAAACUGGAGGCGAGUGCUUCAACUUAUUGAGUGGCUUCAAUUGCACGAUCGCUUCAAAUCUCACAAGCUUAGGUACAUAUACACUACUGCACUUGAUGUGCUUGGCAAAGCAAGGAGACCAGUGGAAGCACUUAAUUUAUUUUGUGCAAUGAAGCAACAAGUGUCCACAUAUCCCGACCUUGUUGCUUAUCAUUGCAUUGCUGUUACUCUUGGACAAGCUGGACAUAUGAAGGAAUUAUUUGAGGUGAUUGAUAGCAUGCGAUCUCCUCCCAAGAAGAAGUUCAAAACUGGGGUUCUUGAGAAGUGGGAUCCCAGAUUGGAGCCAGAUUCUAUCGUCUACAAUGCUGUUUUAAAUGCUUGUGUGCGGCGGAAGCAGUGGGAGGGUGCAUUUUGGGUAUUACAGCAGUUAAAAGAACAAGGCCAACAGCCUUCUUGCACGACAUAUGGACUUGUCAUGGAGGUAAUGUUUGCUUGUGGCAAGUACAACUUGGUCCAUGAUUUUUUUAAGAAGGCGAUCAAAUCUUCUAUUCCUAAUGCCUUAACUUAUAAAGUUCUUGUGAGUACUCUUUGGAAGGAAGGAAAAACUGAUGAGGCUGUAUUGGCUGUUGAAGACAUGGAAAGACGAGGAAUUGUUGGUUCUGCUGCUCUUUAUUAUGAUCUUGCUCGUUGUCUCUGCAGUGCUGGAAGGUGCCAAGAGGCUCUAGUCAAAAUUGACAAGAUUUGCAACGUUGCCAACAAACCUCUGGUAGUGACUUAUACUGGCUUAAUUAAAGCUUGUUUGGAUGCUGGAAACAUUCAAAAUGGUGCUUAUAUCUUCAACCAUAUGCUCAAGUUUUGCUCCCCAAAUUUGGUGACAUGUAAUAUAAUGUUGAAAGCAUAUCUGGAACAUGGGAAGUUUGAAGAAGCAAAAGGUCUUUUUCUGAGGAUGUUGGAAGAUGGAAACUUUGUUAGCAAUAUAGCAGAUUACAAGGACAAGGUUAUACCAGAUAUCUACACAUUUAAUAUAUUGUUAGAUGCCUGCAUGAAAGAGCAGCGAUGGGAGGACUUGGAGUUUGUCUACAAGCAGAUGCUACACUAUGGUUACCACUUCAAUGCUAAACGACAUCUUAGGAUGAUAAUGAAUGCAUGCAGGGCAGGAAAGGUUGAGCUUCUGGAAACGACAUGGAAACACCUGGCCCAGGCAGGCCGGACUCCGCCCCCUAUUUUGAUGAAGGAAAUGUUUUGCACGAAACUGGAGCAAGGAGACCAUGCUGCUGCCCUCUCCUUGUUCUCAGGCCAUCAUUAUGGCGAGCUGCAGGUAUUCUCCCACAAUGCAUGGCUGAAUUGUUUGAAAGAAAAUACCCAUCGCUUUCAGAAGGCUACUGUUGUGAGGUUAGUACACGAGGGUAGCAUCCUCGCAUCUAGAGGUGACUCCCAGCAUCUAGUAUUUCAGAACCUGGUGACAGCCAGUGAGGAAUUUCUGAGGACCAAUAAGAUAGAAUCUGAAAUUGAACAUACAAACUCUCCGCAGACUUUAAUGAAACAGCUAUAAAAUUUUUGGUUAA